AUGAUGAGAUCUAGACUCGUUGGGCUCGGAAAGUCAUUUAUGGCUAGUCCAUUGAUCUACAGAGGUGCAAGUCAUGCUGUUAGACAUACACAUUUACUCAAAUGUACCGUGGGUCCAUCGUAUCCAUUAACCUCAAUAAUUUUUCAAAGCAAGUAUUCCACGAAAACGGCUCCUCCUCCACCUCCACCUCCACCGCCAGCAGACAAAAACGCCAAGGGUAAGGUAUUAUUGAACAGAAUAACAAGGGCGUUUACUUUCUCGCUCUCAUCAGUUAUUGUUGUCGGUGCUGCUGGAGUAGCGUUACUAGUAGUUUACUUGAUUCUCUCAGAAUUGUUUCUUCCAUCUGGAGAUACUCGAACGUUCAACAAAGCCGUCAAGUUGGUAGAACAGAACCCUGAAGCUCAGAAGUUGCUCAAUUUCGAACCAGGCCACAGACUUAAGGCUCAUGGUGGAUCCAAUGGUGACAGAUGGGUAAGAAAUCGUCCGGCUCACAGCAUUAGAACCAAGGGAAAAGAUGGCAAGGAUCGUCUCGUCAUGAAGUUCUACGUCGAUUCCUCAAGCGGCAGACAUGGUACUGUCAGUUUGGAGCAAAUUGACCUUUCGUUCUGGAGUUCAGAAUUUGCAUAUAUAGCCUUGGAUGUUCCCGGUGCUAAACGAGUGUAUAUCGUUGAGCCCAAGUACCAGGCGAAAAACUAUGUACCAAAACCUGGUUCCAGUGGAGGGUUCUUGGGGUUGAAGUGGGGUCCUAAGAAGGAGUAA